CAUUUCCUCGCGCAAGACCCUGAUUGGCGUACGUAUGCUCCUCCCACCGGACACGGAAGUCCAGCGUUGCGAGAGCGUGCGCGCUUACACGUGGUUAUAGCUUUCUCCUGCUCGUGUUCGAUCCGAUAAAAAUGACCAAAGUGAAGAAGGAGGAAUCUGAGGAGGCGCCCGAGACGCCGAGCAAGUCUUACGAGGAGCUGUUGGCGCAUUUAAACCCUAUCGCUAAACCGCUCGCGGGCCGCAAACUCACCAAGAAACUGUACAAAUGUGUAAAGAAAGCCAUAAAACACAAGAAUAUUCGCAGAGGCGUGAAGGAAGUGCAAAAGUUCAUCAACAAGGGAGAGAAAGGCAUUGUAGUAAUGGCUGGUGACACCCUUCCCAUUGAGGUUUAUUGUCAUAUCCCUGUAAUGUGUGAGGAUCGCAGCAUUCCUUAUUCAUACGUUCCAUCCAAAUCCGACCUAGGAGCAGCUGCAGGCUCCAAGCGCCCGACCUGUGUGAUACUGAUCAAACCGCAUGAAGAUUACCAGGAAGCAUAUGAUGAAUGUCUAGAGGAUGUACAAGCCCUUCCUUUACCCUACUGAUCAGAAUGAUUUUGAGGAUAUUACUUUUCCAUCAACAGUACUGGAGUACUGUAAAAAAUUAGUACCAGACAUUUCUUCAUAAACAUUUUAUAAGCAAUUUGCUUUAAUAUCUAAGUUGACCCUUAUAUCUAGGGCUGAGCUACUAGAGGGCUACAGCCCGUUGCCGAUUAACAGAACCUGGUAACUUUUUUUUUUUUUUUUUACAUGUUUUUGUAAAUGGUUCCUACUUUUGGAAAGGGAGCUCCUUUUUAAAUGGAUGCUGACUGCUGCAGUACAGAUCAACAUGGCAUCUUCCCCCUACCUGCUAUCCUCAGAUAUGCAUAGCACAGCGAUAAGGGUCAAAAAAAAGGUUCAUUUUCAUUUUGAAUAUAGAAAUUUCAAGGAAUAAAUACCCAAUUGUUUUGUUUUUUUCUAUAGAUUAUUUCUUCUUUAAAAUAACUUCUCAUUCUAGGAUUCAUUUGUCAAGUUGACAAAACCUGAUCAAUUAGUCUUUUUAGGGUCCAAAAAUAAAGUACAUGGUUUUUCUUUCA